UGAGAAUGACUUAAGUAAAUAAAAACUGUCCAAAAUUUAUCUUAAUAAUGUUUUUAAUCAAUACUCCAAAAAAUAGAGAACCGUUUGGAUUGGAUCACAAGUAUUUGGAAAGAUUCUUAAAAAAAAGAUGGGCUAUUCUCACGCCGUCGGCGUCGUCGGAGUUCUGAUUCUCGCACACGCCGCCUACUCCACUAUUCAGUAUAGAUCUUUGCUGAAGAUUACUGAAGAGCAGUUUAUGGGCCCACCGAUCACUGUAGUUGUGGAGUUGGUUGCAGGAUUGUUUCUCUGUUUGUGGGCUGCUUUAACUGUGCCGGGCAAAUUCUUGUCGAUUCUCCCCCAAUCAGAUGAAAACAGGGUAGUUGCCUUACCUUUCAAUCUGGAUUUCAUGAUCUUCAAUCAUCGUGGAAAAGCUUUUUCUUUGGGUAUCGAUAUGAAGAUGAAGUGAGAUCUAGGGACCAAAAGUAACUGAAAAUAGAUGUUACCUUUACUGAAACAAGAGGUAUUAGUUUCAUCUCAGUGAGAUGAUAUAAGGAUGUUUGUUUGCUACUCCACAUUUUAGUCAAUUGCAAAGUUAGAAUCUUUUUAAUGGUUCUCA